ACUCUCACCCUAUUAACACCUAUAUUGGAAAUUCCAUUUUUCGAUUCUUAGCCAAGAACUCAACUCCUCCUUCAUGUCCGCCCACUACCCCUAUGAGCGGCGGAAGUGUUACCGCCGCCUCUGCGCUAUCCUCUCGUGGUUCAUAAUCCUCAUCCUCAUCACCAUCUUCCUCAUCUGGCUAAUCCUCCGCCCCACCAAGCCCCACUUCAUCCUCGAAGACGCCACCGUCUACACCUUCAACCUCACCACCACCUCCGCCACCCUCAACCUCCUCACCACCACCCUCCAGCUCUCCCUGGCCGCCCGAAACCCCAACAAACGCAUCGGAAUCUACUACGACCGCCUCGACGUCUACGCCACGUACCGCGGGCAGCAGAUCACCCCUCCCACUUCCCUCCCCGCGUCCUACCAAGGCCACAAAGAAGUCACCGUUUGGUCGCCGUUCGUCAACGGGAACGCCGUCCCCGUGGCGGUAUACUUGGGAAUGGAGAUUAGCCAAGACCAGAACGCCGGCAGGGUGUUGAUCAAUGUCAGAGUGGAUGGACGGGUGAGAUGGAAAGUUGGGACGUUCAUCUCCGGGAGGUAUCGUUUGAAUGUAAACUGCCCGGCUUAUUUGAGCUUCGGAGGAGGGGAAUAUAGUUCGAAUAGUGUUUUGGUCGGGUCAACUGCUAAGUAUCAAUUGGUGCAACAAUGUUACGUUGAUGUUUAGUUUGACCAUAAGUAGUUAUUAUUUUCUUUAGUUUCUAGUUAUACGAUUAGUCUCUUUGAGGUUUUCUAUUGGGAAAUUACAAUGUCAUAUGUUGUCAAAUUAUAGCGUUAAAUCAACACAUUGUAUGGUGUGAGCCUUAAUACAUUUUCUUUAAAAUCGA